UCUUAAGUUGAUUGUUAAAUUGGAUCGUGUAUCAGCAUGUUCAGUUCGAGUAAUAACUAAAAUGGCACAUGGAGGUGUCAGUAGGGAUGAGGCUGAAAUGAAAAUUGACGUCGAGGGCAUAGCAUCACCUGGCCGGAGGCCACGAGGUUACGCGUGCUUGCUUGUGAACAUCGAGAGGGUCGGGACACGCGGGGAGUAUACGUUCAAGACGCGUGAGGGCGCCAUAAAGGAUUUCACGUGUUUAAGGGAGACAUUUUGCGAGCGAGGUGGUAUAGAGUACCAGCAACUAAACGAAGGUCCACACCGGUGUCAGAAUAUUACUCUAGAAAAGUGGGAUCAUGAAAAACGCAAUGAAUCUACUGUCAAAUCUCUUCACAAACCCGUCGAAGCCUUCAAACCAGAUCCACAGUGUUGUUUAAAAUGUUUGAUUAAGAGCACCGAUUUUACAGGCACAGAGGCAUUUGUGUUUGCGAUUAGUUCACACGGUGAAGAGGUUGGUAAUCAGCCGUUGAUCAUUCUUUCAGAUGGAAACAAAAUAUAUCUGUCAGAAAUUAUUGAUACACUAUCUGACAAAAACUGUCCGACACUAAGGGACAUACCAAGAAUUCUUAUACUUCAAGCUUGCCGAACAAAUACCAAAGCCGAAGAACACACAAAAGAUGACACCGGGGUUUCAAUGUUUGUAGCAGUCCCGAACAGUGGCCAUGAAGAAGAACAAGCAGGUAAUUCGAGGGAAAAUAUCAGCGAUGAUCCGACUCGGAUUGGACGAUUUUGUGUGACGGAAGUAGAGGAAUUUGGUUUUCAGUGCAUAUUUGACAUCAUUCCAAUGGACUUUCUCGUUCUUUUUCCUUCUGUGUCGGGAAAACGCAGCAAACGCAACACCAAAGACGGUUCGUGGAUGCUGGCACAUCUUAAAACAACUGUAACUGACACGAUAUCUAAGGGUAUAGAGGUGGACUUCCUUGACGCUGUAACAAGGGUAGCUCAACUGGUUGGAAAUAUGGAAUCGGCAGUGUAUAAGAGGAAUGAAACCGGGGGUCAUUCGUUAGACGCACGUGAGAACCAAAUCGUAAAUGAAGAGAAGAGUGGUUUGAAGACAGCCGUAUGUCUGGUACACAGACUGAGGAAGCCACUUGUUUUUAGACGGGUGGUUACACCUGUCUUCAUAGAGACUGCUACCAAUGACGUUGAUUUCAAACCUGGUAAAAGGAAGAAAUGGAGGCAAUUGCUUUAUUAUAACCACUUCUGAAAUCAAGUUUUAAGAUGUUAAACAAAUGACAUUUGCAUAUAAAGCAAUAUCUUUUAUUUUAUCUUAUUAUUUGUACUUUUUGAACAUUCUACAUGUAACCUCAGUUGUGCGACUUGAAUCAUCAUCGGGAGUUCUUAAUUACCAAUCCAUACUUAGUAACUUCCAUAAACACAUCAAAGAGGGACCAGACCGGCAAGGAUUGAUCGGGGCUCGCGCUCAUGCAUGAAAAUGGCCGGUUGUUCGGACCAGCACGCCCACUGGCAUUAAAUAUGCAUAAUGAGUACAAAAUAUACAAUCACUUCUUAUAGUGUUUGCAGUUGGAUUAUAAUUGUCAUUCAAAGUUGUCGU